ACCGGAAGCCGAACUUACCAGGAAAGUCAGUUUCCUGGUUUCUGCUGAUUCUUGAGGCCUAGGAAGGCGCCUCCCUCUGCACACAGAAUUCAGAGACUUGAUAAUGUCCCUGUAUUGUGGAAGAGCUUGCAGGAGAAAAUCUUUUUGGUGCUGUAGGCUGCUGUCAACCUAUGUCACUAAGACACGGUAUUUAUUUGAACUAAAGGAAGAUGAUAAUGCAUGUAAAAUAGCCCAGCGUACAGGAGCAUUUUACCUCUUUCAUAGCCUGGCUCCUUUGCUUCAGAAAUCAGAGGAUCGAUACCUGGCCCCCCAACACAGCCUAUUAGAGUUGGAAAGGCUCCUGGGUAAAUUUGGACAGGACACACAAAGAAUAGAAGAUUCUGUGCUGAUUGGCUGUUCUGAACAGCAUGAAGCAUGGUUUGCUCUGGAUCUAGGUCUGAAUAGCCGCUCUUCUACAAAUGCAUCCUUACAGAAACCUGAAACAGAGACAGAGCUCAAGGGAUCUUUCACUGAGCUGAGGAAGGCUCUCUUUGAGCUGAACGUAAAGGAUGCCUCCUUGCUUUCCACGGCUUGGGCCCUUCUUCAUUGGCAUGAUGCCCACCAGUUCUGCAGCAGAAGUGGGCAGCCCACCAAAAAGAACAUGGCUGGCAACAAGCGUGUAUGCCCUUCCAAUAAGAUCAUUUAUUAUCCACAGAUGGCUCCUGUGGUGAUCACUCUGGUGUCAGAUGGGACCCGAUGCUUACUCGCUCGCCAGAGUUCCUUUCCCAAGGGAAUGUAUUCUGCUUUGGCAGGUUUCUGUGAUAUAGGUGAAAGUCUGGAAGAGGCUGUCCGGCGGGAAGUUGCAGAAGAGGUGGGAUUGGAGGUGGAAAGACUGCAUUAUUCUGCAUCCCAACACUGGCCCUUUCCUAAUAGCUCACUCAUGAUUGCUUGUCAUGCAACUGUAAAGCCAGGGCAGACAGAGAUCCAGGUAAACUUGAAAGAACUAGAAGCAGCCGCCUGGUUCAGUCUUGAUGAGGUGGCCACAGCCCUAAAGAGAAAGGGCCCCUUUACCCGACAGCAGGAUGGGAUCUUACCAUUCUGGUUUCCACCCAAGUUUGCCAUCGCCUACCAAUUGAUGAAAGAGUGGGUAGAACAACACAGCUGUUCUUCCCUGCCUGCUUAGCUCAGAUCAAGCCACCUAGAUCUCUCCUCAGUAUCCCUGAGGGGCAUAUCAGACUGAUUGAUAAAGGGGAGGUGACAAAAGGCCAUCUCAAGGCCAGCCUCAUAGUAAGUCACAGUAGAAGUUUAACCUACAGUGAAGCACCUCUACCAGCGAUGUUAAUGAAAGAAAUUCCUAUUAAUGGGCAAUCAAAAAUGCCAAUGUGAGAAGAAAAACUUAUUAGCUAUCAACUGUCAAAAUCAGUGGGAAGCAUCAUUUGGAUGUAGGCUCCUGUUCACCCAUUUUUUCUAGGCCUUGGAAGCAAACAUCUUCUGAAAUGUUGAUGGUGGGUUUAUACUAACUGUCAAAAUGUGCCAGGUGUAAUUAUGGUUAAAAGUUUUAUCUUCGUAUUGAAAGUACAUAGCAAAUUGCAAGUCACUUAUAAGUACUUUUUAAUCCUCACAGAACUAAGAAAAAUAGCACAAAACAGCAUUUUUCAGUUGAUGAACAGUUAAUUAUCUUGUACAUGGUAGUUAAAAUCAUGACAUUUCUUUAAGUUAUCUGAAGUGGUGAGGAAAGUGGUUGUUAUGUCUUCUUCUGACUACACUGCAUUGAACUAGAUGAAGAGAGGUUAUGUUUAGGUGGUUGUUGAAUCUUAAGUUAGGCUCAAGGUGGUAAGUCUUUUUUGCUGUUCUCAGUUGUUACUUGCUGUUUGUGACCCAGGGAAAAGAUCAUCAUUUCCUUAAUGUAAAAUGGUCACUGCUGUUUGCACACUCAAGAUAAUACUGAUUUAUUUCAACAAAGGGAUCAGUGAGGAUGAACAAAUGCCAAAACCAAACAUUUCUUGAGCUUUAUGGGAUAAACUAAAUUUAGGAUUUCUCACUGUUCAUUUAUGCCACUUUGGAAGACAAAUUUAUUUGGGGGAAAUAAAAUAAAUUUCUCCAUCUUUAUUCAGAUGUAUUUUUCUGUGCUCUGAAGUGAUGAAACUGCAGAAAGCAGAAUGGGGGUAGGAUUUCUUUACUGGUAUAGUGAAAUGUUUGAGUCCAGGUUUGGAGCUUAUGGAACAACUGAAGCAAUGUACAGAUGAAAUACUGUUAGAAGACAGGUUGAAAAAAGGAAUUGUUGGGGAAAGAGUCGUACCUUCCUUUGAUUUCAGGCCCUAACUUGUGAUUAAAGACACAAGCGCCAGAGACUGUCUAAGAUUAUUCACACAUCAGUGUCCCAUAGGUCUAAGUAAAAGGGAUUCUGGAAGAAGUGGAAGCACUGAAUUUCCUUUUGACCCUUUGGGGAAAUCAAAGUGCCUUCAUCAGAAAAUGCUGAGGGAUAAUGAGAUGGGACUUGAUUGUUUUCUUAGAUUGGCAGCUUGCCCUUAACCUGGGCUGAACCUUAGCAGGUAGAAGGGAAAAGCACUCUCAAAAGAGAGGUCCUGAAAUUUCUUCAUAUCUUGCAGUUGGAAGUUCAGGGUCCAUGUGUAUUACCCUUUCCCAAUCUUUUCUGUCUCUGUGGGAGUGUUUGUGAGUACAUGUGUACACAUCCCCAGUUGGAAAAUACUGAUAGGAGUAUGCAGGAUUCCUGGUUGUGAGUUUCUCAAACUUACCAUGGAGUAACUGUUUGCUUUUCGAUUAAUGUGUUUUUUUGGAAAAGAAAAGAUGAAAGUACAGAGGCGGCUAAUUGGAGAAGCUGCAACAAUGAACUUUGUUUCCCAGCAGUGAGUGGGAGGAGGGCUUUGCUAUAGAAUUCCAAGGAUACCUGAAAGUAGAGGCAGAAGAGGACAGGAGUGGGGAGCUGGGUACUGAAAAUGGAAGAUAAGUAAAGAAAACUUUGGCAUAGGGCUUACUGCCUGGAGAAUAUUUAUGUGGCAAUAAAUUAAGAAACUGUUAAGGACAAAGAAGAAUCCAUUAGGUCCAUGAUGCAGAAUACCAAAAGGUAAAACAUUAAAACUGGUAAAACAUUAAAACAGGUAAAACCUUAAAUAAGUGCAUUUGUCAUCAGAGUAAGCCUGGCUCAGGGUAAGUCAGCCCUGGCAACUGGAAUAAAAAGAAACUAAUUCAUUCCUUA